AUGGAUAGCAUUUUGAGCCAAUCCAUAGUACUCCCACUACUACUACUCCUCGCUUCUUCCUAUGCAUCUGCCCACAUCCCACGCCUUGGCGUCCAAAGAAGGGCAUCCCGAAACAAGCCCCAACAAGCUAGCACACUCGACGGUCUAGCCACUUUUUAUUACAAACAACCACUCGAUCACUUCAAUUAUCAGCCUCAAAGCUAUGACACGUUUGAUCAACGAUACGUUAUUGAUUUCAAAUACUGGCAAGGUGUGAAUCUCAAUGCUCCCAUCAUUGUUGGUUUCGGUUCCGAAGGAGAUGUCGAAGAUGACAUAUCGUUUCUGGACUUUCCCAUUCGUAUUGCGUCUCGAUACAAGGCUAUGCUUGUGUAUUUAGAGCAUCGAUUUUAUGGGAAUUCAGUACCAUUUGGUUCGAUAGAGAAGGCUAUGAAAAAUGCGAGUGUUCGAGGAUAUUUGAAUUCGGCUCAAGCCUUAGCUGAUUAUGCCGAAAUGCUUUUGCAUAUCAAGAAAAUGUUUGCUUCUCAAACUUCUCCUAUCAUUGUCAUUGGAGCCUCCUAUGGUGGAAUUUUCCAUGAUCAUAAUCGAGUAUGCCAUGGAUACACAGUGCUAGCUUCAUGGUUUAGGCUAAAGUAUCCCCACAUCGCUCUUGGAGCCCUGGCUUCUUCAGCCCCAAUCCUUUACUUCGACAACAUCACACCUCAAGACGGAUAUUACUCCAUCGUCUCCAAGUCAUUCAAAGAAACCAGCCAAACAUGCCACGAAACCAUACGAAGAUCGUGGGCUGAAGUCGAUCGAAUCGCGAACAACAAGCCAGAAGGGCUCAUGAUUUUGAGCAAAAGAUUCAAAACUUGUGAGAAAUUGAAUGGAAGUGAUGAGCUGAAGUACUAUCUGGACCAUGUUUUUACGUCCGCAGCUCAGUACAACAACCCGCAUGAGAAGCCAGUGAGAGGCAUAUGUGCGGCCAUUGAUGAAGCGGCAAGGAAAAACAGCGACGUGAUUGAGCAGGUGGUUGCUGGGGUCAUUGCUUUCAUGGGGGAGAGGGAUUGUUACGAUGUGUUUGAAUCUGGGCAUCCCGAUAAUCCUAUUGAUCCUUUUACAUGGCAGGAGUACAGCGAGAUCGUAAUGCCCAUUGGUGUUAGCGGCAAGGACAAAGACUCGAUGUUCCCAACGGCACCUUUUGAUUUCAACAAAUUUAAGAAGGAUUGCAAAGCUUUGUAUGGGGUUAUUAUUUUCUCUAAUGGCCUCAAAGAUCCUUACAGCAGUGGAGGGGUAUUGCAUAAUAUAUCUGAGAGCAUUGUUGCUAUUUCCACGGCUGAAGGCUCCCAUUGCUUAGACUUACAAGAAGGGAUGGAGGAUGAUCCUGAAUGGUUGAUAAGCCAAAGGAAGGCCGAAAUGGAUAUAAUUGAUGCUUGGAUCUCGAAGUAUUACGUCGAUCUCUUGCAAUCCAACUAAACUCUUGAUGCCCAUUGAUAUGUGUACUCAAGAACGUCUAAAUUCGUUCUAAUAAAUCCUUUUUAAAU